GGUACUUAACACCCCGGAGACCCGGACCUCGGCUUUCAAAGCCUCCCGGGCGGGGAGAGCUGUUUAUAUAAACAAGCAUGCCGCUGUAAGCGCGCUAUCUCGGCAGCCAGCGCAGGGCGGGCGCCUCCCACGCCCACCCGUAGGAGCGGCGUCCCCGGCCGCCCCUCGGUUCCCAGCCCGCCCUGCCCCCGCCUCCUUCCCUUCCUCGGCCAUGGCCACCGCCGGGCGCCUCGGCUUCACCGUGCGCAGGCUCCUGGAUUUACCCGAGCAAGACGCGCAGCACCUGCGGAGGCGGGAGCCGGAGCUACGCGCCCCCGGCCCCGGCGCCACCUGGCUGGAAUCGGAGCGCGGCCACUACCCCUCAUCGGACGAGAGCAGCCCCGAGACCAGCCCGCCCGGCUCGUCGCAGCGGCCGUCCGCUCGGCGCGCGUCUCCGGGCUCGGAGGCCGAGAAGAGGAAGAAGCGGCGGGUGCUGUUCUCCAAAGCGCAGACGCUGGAGUUGGAGAGACGCUUCCGGCAGCAGCGCUACCUGUCGGCGCCCGAGCGCGAGCAGCUGGCGCGCCUGCUGCGCCUCACGCCCACGCAGGUCAAAAUCUGGUUCCAGAACCAUCGCUACAAGCUGAAGCGCGCGCGUGCGCCGGGGGCCCCCGAGUCGCCCGAUCUGGCAGCGGCUGCCGACUUGCGCGCCGCGCCGGGCCUGCUGCGCCGCGUGGUGGUUCCCGUGCUGGUGCGUGACGGGCAGCCGUGCGGCGGCAGCGGUGAGGUGGGCACGGCCGCCGCCCAGGACAAGAGCGGCCCGUCCCCGGCCUCCGCCUGCCCUCUGCCGGGCUACGCCGCCUUCGGGCCCGGCGCAGCGCUCGGUCUCUUCCCCGCCUACCAGCCCUUAGCGCCCCCCGCCCUGGUCUCCUGGAACUGGUGAAGCAGCUGC